CGGGCGUGGGCGCCGGGCUCACGUGACGAGGCCCGGAAGCGACUGCCGGGGCAGCAAAGGAGGAUGGCGAGGGGCUGGUACUGAAGCCGGGAAAGGUGGGCUGUGCUGAAGCCAGAGCCGGAGCCUGGGGGGGCCGGAACCCGAGCCGUGAGUUCCUCCACUGACGCGCUCCGGCUGGCGGCGCUCGCCGCCCGGGGCAGGACCCACCUCGCCUUCCUCCGGCGUUGCAGAUGCUCCAGGUCAGGCACCCCACGCGCCCGGGCUGCGGGUCCGCGACUCCUCGGCGUCCCCGGGCCGCAGCUGCGCUGCCAUGUCCACUCAGAGACUUCGGAAUGAAGACUACCAUGACUACAGCUCCACUGAUGUGAGCCCUGAGGAGAGCCCGUCCGAAGGCCUCAGUCGCCUCUCCUCCCCGGGCUCCUACCAGCGCUUUGGUCAAAGCAACAGCACAACAUGGUUCCAGACCUUGAUCCACCUGUUAAAAGGCAACAUUGGCACAGGACUCCUGGGGCUACCUCUGGCAGUGAAAAAUGCAGGCAUUGUGAUGGGUCCCGUCAGCCUGCUGGUCAUAGGCAUCAUAGCUGUGCACUGCAUGGGUAUCCUGGUGAAAUGUGCUCACCACUUCUGCCGCAGGCUGAAUAAAUCCUUUGUGGAUUAUGGGGAAACUGUGACGUAUGGAUUGGAAUCCAGUCCGUGCUCCUGGCUCCAGAACCACGCACACUGGGGAAGACAUGUUGUGGACUUCUUCCUGAUUGUCACUCAGCUGGGAUUUUGCUGUGUCUAUUUUGUGUUUCUGGCUGAGAACUUUAAACAGGUAGGCACUUGUCUGGUACUGGAGACUGUUGUUUGGUGGAGGAUUUUAUUCAGAGUUCAAAUCUCUAAUUUCUGUAUAAUAGUUUGCUUUGUUUUGCUUUCUCUGUUUCAGAGGAUCCCAGACCCCAGCAACCUCCCCUUAGUGGCCCCCUGGAAGACUUACCCUCUCUUCUUUGGCACAGCGAUUUUUGCAUUCGAAGGCAUUGGAAUGGUUCUGCCCCUGGAAAACAAAAUGAAGGAUCCUCAAAAGUUCCCACUCAUCCUAUACCUGGGCAUGGCCAUCGUCACCAUCCUCUACAUCAGCCUGGGGUGUCUGGGGUACCUGCGAUUUGGAGCUAAUAUCCAAGGCAGCGUAACCCUCAACCUGCCCAACUGCUGGUUGUACCAGUCGGUUAAGCUGCUGUACUCCAUUGGGAUCUUUUUCACCUACGCUCUCCAGUUCUAUGUCCCGGCCGAGAUCAUCAUCCCCGUGUUUGUGUCCCGAGCUCCAGAGCACUGCGAGUUAGCGGUGGACCUGUUUGUGCGCACAGUGCUGGUCUGCCUGACAUGCAUCUUGGCCAUCCUCAUCCCCCGCCUGGACCUGGUUAUCUCCCUGGUGGGCUCCGUGAGCAGCAGCGCCCUGGCCCUCAUCAUCCCACCCCUCCUGGAGGUCACCACCUUCUACUCAGAGGGCAUGAGCCCCCUCACCAUCUUCAAGGACGCCCUGAUCAGCAUCCUGGGCUUCGUGGGCUUUGUGGUGGGGACCUACGAGGCUCUCUAUGAGCUGAUCCAGCCAAGUAAUGCUCCCAUCUUCAUCAAUUCCACCCAUGCCUUCAUAUAGGGAUCUUGGUUCGUCUCUGCAGCUGCCUACCCGUGCCCUGUGUGUCCCCCGUUACCUGUCCCCAGAGCCUUAGGUAUGGUGCAGGCUCUGAGGAAAGUCGGGUCACUGUGUGGGAACCACUCUGCCUGGCACCUGGGUACCCCAGGCCAGGUAAGGCUGAGGGCAGGUGAGAGGUGGGGUGGCAGACACGCAGAAGUGCCGCAGUGACAGGGUUGUCACUGCUCACUUGUAUCUAUUUACACCCAGAACUUUCCAGAUCUCCCCCAUCAUGCCUCCUUCUUCCUACCUGCCCUCUGCCUGCUGGUGCACCUCACCUAACUCAUUCUCACUGCACAGUUCACUUUAUUUAACAAUUUUAGUGUCCCCACCUCAUGUUUUCUCCUUUUCGGGGCCAAGCAUAGAUGAAAUAACUGGGAACUUCCCCUCUUUAUAAAGCUGGGCUUCUUUCCCAUCUCUCUUCCAAAUGUUGUAUCUCAGUAUUUUUCCUAUUCGAGUCUCCAGGGGGUGGCUGGACCUACGUGGUCAUUUGAAACAGGCCCCCCAAGCUGGAGUUUUUAAUCUUGACUCUGGCUUGCCGUGACCCCUAAGGCAAUGCUUCUCUUCUCCGGAUUCCUUAGUUAUGGGUCACAGUACUGUACUCUUAAUUGUUUUAGCUCUUAAAACAUAUGAAAUGUUGCCUAAACUGAAAAUAUUUAUAUCUUAUUUAAAAUCAGAUUUUUGUUUUUAGACUGUCUCUAGAUUUGGGGUUAUUACAAAUCGCUUCUUCCUCAGUAAACUUUGACUCAACUUCUCCUGCUGAAAAGAAGCUCGCUCCAGGAGAUGUCUGCUUGGGUCCUCAGCACUCUUGGCUGAGGACUCAAAGGUUUUAAUCAGGAGUAUCUAAAAAUGUACCUCGGUGAGGAGGCGCGGAUUUUGCCUCCUGUUGACCAGCCUGGUUUCAUAUGAAACGACACUGAAGGACUGCAGAAAUGUUGCGGGUGCACCAGGCCGAGGGAAGUGUGGCUGAGUGAGAGGCCUAUGAAGUGGGGCUGUGUACGUUUCAGCCUCAGCCCAUGCCAGGUGAAAGGAUGAGCAAUGCUCAGUCACCAUCAGGCUGGGACGACACCCGCUCUAUUGCCACGGAUGAGUAGCUGAGGUCAGUGUGCACAGACAGUUUUAAAUUAAGUUCAUAAUCUUUACAGCAGCUGGUCUGACAACUACGUGUGGUGCUUGGUUGUUUACAAUCAGUGGGGAAUAGGGCAGAACCAGUGCCCGGCCCCACGCUGCCUCUGUGGCCUGGACUUUGAAAGGAACCACUGAACCACUGAACACUAACGAGCCCUGUCUUUCCCCCAGAAUGCCUCCCUGGGUAUCACAGACAGCCUUGAGGUGGGUCCUCCUCAAGGUCAGCCUUCAGAUUUGGGAGCAAACUUCAAAGAAGGCAGAAGAAGAUACAUUGCCUUGCUGUGGCUGUCUCUUCUUUCCUCUUAUUGUGAGAAAUAUUUCAGAAGGUCAUUGAUGAAUUCCCCCUCUCAUUAGCACUGUGUGUGUGCACGUGUGUGCACAUGUGUGUGCUUCUGUGUUCCUGUGUAAGCAACAGAGCACACUCCUUGUCUUUUCUGUUCCUGUCACCAGGCUCUUGCUUCACUGCAGAUACGGUUCACUCCGAAAGUUAGUUGAGGGAGAGCAGCAAAAAUGUAUCAGGAGUUUUGCUUCUGUGUUUCACUAAAGCUUAUGGGGCUCUGACCCACUCACAUGGCCCCAGUUUUUUCUUUCUCUUCUGUUCCAAAGCCAGGAGAGCUGACUUCCAGGAGAAGGGAUGGGAAAAAGGGGACCCUCAUUGUAGUGGCUCCCGACCUACCUAAUAAUUUGUUAACUUGGGAACAUGCCAUCAUUGUUGACUUGUUCUUCCUUAGGAGAAGGACGGUUUUCACCCACCCUUUCUGUUCUAUGGUGGACUCUAACAGGUGCUAUAUGACCGAGAAUCUAGCUGGGAGUAGCAGAGGCCCUGUCUUCUGAAGUUUCACGUUUAGAAGUUACCACCGUGGGCUCAGAAACUGUCAUCUCCUGGUUCUAAGCUUGGCCUCUGGCAGCCCAGCCUCUAUCUUAGCUGUCUUCUCAGUGGUGCUGAGGGUGGUCUCAGUGAGAAGGCGGAUGCCAACUGGAGGGCAAACCUGUGUCCUUCCCACGUCCUCCUUGGUGGACGUUUCUCAGAGCUGCUAAAGGCCAUCCUGCCCAGCUGAGUUCUGAGAUGGGGACUGUGAUGCUGGGACCUGAGGGCUGGAUGGUAGAAUACUGGGGUCCCCCAGCUCUUAGGAAGAUACAGGCUAUUGCUCCCAUGGUCCUGACCCUGAGAACGUGGUAUGUAGGAGAGUUGGCUGUAGCUUUAGGAUUUCUGGAAGCCAAUUUGGCAUGGCCUGUUUGAUCUCUGUCUUGUGUUCCUGCUACACUGACAGACUGUGUGGCUCUUUGGAAACACCCAGGAAGGGGCUCCAGUCGGAGGAUCUUCCUGGCUAUGCAGCUGCACAGCUCUUAGGCAUCACGCAAAGGAUCAGCCAGACAAUGGUAGUGGGAAGAAGCCCUUCCUCCCCUUCCGCAAGCAGCUCUCGGCCAGCUCAGAAUCUCUUCUGCAGCCCCCAGGGCUUCUUGAAGCAGAGAACCCUCCCUGGUGUCUUCCCAGGAUAAGUAGAAAUAUCACAGAGCAAAGGCCUUCGGGAGUUGUGAGGCUGCAUCUGCUGGAGCAAAGAGAAACCCUGGGCUUUCUGUCCAGAUACUCUUGAGCUCUGUGACCCUGCUCCUGUCACCCCAACUUCCCCAAACCAGAGGUAGCUUUCUCAGAGCCCCUUGGGGGUUUUCUCCUCCAUGCUGCUGUUGGGGGCAGGCUUCCAGCUGUCAGUGGGCAGUGCACAUCCUCCUAAAUGCAGGCACUUGCCAGGGAGAAUGUGAGCUGGCAUCUUCUGUUCACCCUGCCUAGCAGUUGUCACCAUUCACAAAUGGCAUUAUUUAUAUUGUGCUGCUGUCCAGCUGCUAAGAACCCUUCAUCUGCACAAGCCCUGGCUAGAUAUGUGUGAAUAUGUGGCAUCUUUCCAUUUCUGCUGUCCUCUUCUAUCCCACCUCUGCAGCCAGAUUCAUUGGCUGAUGCUCACUGCUCACUAUCUAUCCCCAUGAAAUUUAUAGUUUUAUCAAUAGUCUUAAAGUGUUGAUCUCAAACAUGUAUAUUAGAAAAAUCAUGUUUCUUCUCUCUCUUCUCUCAUCUUACUUUUCUCUUCUCAGAUUUCUCUAUUCCUAGAACACAAUCUCUGUUUAACACCAAUGUUCACCUCAUAUUUUUUAGAAGUGCAAAAAGCUCAGUUUAUGUCUGUUUACAGCUCUCUCUCCUCACUUCUCACAGCAAGCAGGUCUGUAGCAGUGGAUUUUAUUUUGUAGCUGAUGAGAUGUUAAGGCAAGCCUCAGCAUCAGCCCCUGCUACGUUCACAGUGCUGCUUCCUCGAAGAGAAGCCACAGAGUCCAAGUGGCAGGACUUGAGGUUGGCUUCCAGUCUGCCUUAGAAGUUAAUUUUCCAAAGUACAUUACAAAUCUCUGAGGCCAUUAGGGGAAAAGGAAGGAGCGUGGUUUGUCUUUGAAAUUACGGUUAAUACUUUUCGACAAUAAGUCUGGCUGGUCGCAAGGCUGUUUGUCCCAGCAGCACCAGCCUAUGACAUCUCUUCCCUUUCCUUUGUGCCACCGAGUCGUUCCCUGGCCAGAGGACAUAAGUGGUGCUGAUAGGAGGCUAUCAGAGUGAGGAAGGUAGGAAAUGAGGGUGCAGGGUGCCUGUCAUUCACUGUGUUAUUUGGUUUAAAUCAAAGUGAUUCUGGGGAAGAUGUGUUCUUUCAGUGGGUAAUAAAAUCAGUAACUCUAUUGUAGAACAUGUCAAUCGAUGUGUGAAGAAAACAGAGCAUACAGUAGGUGUUGAUAACCAGACAGUACUGUGUACGUCACGUGGCUGCGUGGAUGUGCACUUCCAGCAUGGUGUGUGUAGAGAUGUGGCUCAUGCCAGAGCUCGUAGAGCCUGUUUUGGGUUUUGCACAUGGAUCAUAUGUUAAGCUUUUUCUUUUCAAUAAAUGAAUUUUAUUUUUUAUUUUUGA